AUGUCAAUGUCAUUUCCUGACCAGACUCACGACGAUCGGUGGGGCUCCGAUUUGGAUUCCGCCGGAGAAUUCACCCAUAGCUUUCCAUCCUUGCCGGCGACUUACUCACCCGCCUCCGGCGAGGAGCUCCUGGAAGUGACGAUUGAAUACCCGACCGGCCGGCUAGUAAACAUCAACUCCGUUACCGGAACCGGUUCAGAUCCAGAGAUUACCUCUAGCUCGAUUUCCGAUUCAGGAUCAACGUCUCGUAGCUUAGGAUGGAGCGCGUCGUCGGAGCGCCAGGUGGUGGCUAACGCGAAACAGUUCUCGAGAGUUCUGAAACAGAAGCUUCAGAGGAUCUCACGGCGAGAUGGCGGAGGAUAUUCGUCUCGAUCCGCACCGGAGAUGGUGGUUCCUCACGGAGACAAAAUCACCGAUCCGGCUAUUCUCUGUCGCUCCUUGACUCAGAGACUCACCAAGUCUCAUCGGAAUGGAUCGUGUACGCAGAGAGCGAUUCACGGUUUGAGAUUCAUCAGCAGCAAAGAAAACGGAAUCGCUGGAUGGAGAGAAGUUCAAAGCAAAUUCGCUAACCUUUCUAAAGACGGUCAUCUUUCCCGAUGUGAUUUUGCUCAUUGCAUAGGGAUGGAAAAUAAAAACUCGAAAGAGUUUGCAGAGGAGUUGUUCGACGCAUUGUGCAGGAGAAGAAGAUUAAUGGUCGACAAGAUUAGCCUUCAAGAACUAUACGAGUUUUGGUACCAAAUUACAGACGAAAGCUUCGAUUCUCGGCUUCAAAUCUUCUUCAACAUGGUGAACAAAAAUGGAGAUGGUAGAAUCACAGAAAACGAAGUAAAAGAGAUAAUUAUACUAAGUGCAUCGGCAAAUAAUCUAUCAAGGUUGAGAGAGCGAGCAGAAGAAUAUGCAGCACUGAUCAUGGAAGAACUGUCCCCUGAUGGGAUCCACUCUCAGUACAUAGAGUUAAAGGAUCUAGAGAUGCUACUACUACAGAAAGACACACCGCAUAGUUACAGCCAACCUUACAGCCAAACAAGCCGAGCCUUGAGCCAAAAUCUAAAGGAUACAAGAUGGGGAAUUAGCAGGAACUUGCUUUACUCUUUGCAAGACAGUUGGAAGAGGAUUUGGGUUUUGACAUUGUGGUUAAUGAUCAUGACGGGGUUGUUUAUGUGGAAAUGCGCACAGUACAAACGCAAAGACGCAUUCCAUGUUAUGGGUUAUUGCCUUGUCGCGGCAAAAGGUGCAGCUGAGACACUAAAAUUCAACAUGGCUCUUAUCCUUUUGCCCGUCUGCAGAAAUACUAUCACCUACCUCAGAUCCACCGCUUUGUCCUACUCAGUGCCUUUCGACGACAGUAUCAACUUUCACAAGAUGAUCUCAGUAGCAAUCAUUAUUGCAAUGGUUCUUCAUGCAGCCAGCCACCUCGCUUGUGACUUCCCAAGGAUUCUAUCAUCUACAGAGGCUGAUUACAAAAGAUACUUGGUUCAUUACUUUGGUGUGACCAAACCCACAUACUUAGACUUGGUUAAAAAUCCUGUUGGAAUCACUGGAUUUAUAAUGGUUACUUUUAUGAUAAUUGCAUUCACAUUAGCCAGUCGAAGAUGCAGGCGGAACAUAACUAAGCUGCCAAAGCCUUUUGACAAGCUAACCGGGUUUAAUGCUUUCUGGUAUUCUCAUCACUUACUUCUAGCUGUUUACGUCCUGUUAAUUAUCCACGGUGUUUUCCUCUAUCUCGAGGAGAAAUGGUACCGCAAGACGAUAUGGAUGUAUCUUGCGGUGCCGGUUUUACUCUAUGCUGGGGAAAGGAUCCUGAGAUUCUUUCGUUGCAGGCUUUACACUGUCGACAUCUGCAAGAUUGUUAUAUAUCCUGGAAAUGUUGUUGUGCUACACAUGUCUAAGCCUACAUCAUUUGAUUACAAGAGUGGACAAUAUAUAUUUGUUCAGUGUCCUGCAGUAUCCAAAUUUGAGUGGCAUCCAUUUUCUAUCACUUCUUCACCUGGAGAUGAUUAUCUCAGCAUUCACAUUCGACAGCUCGGUGAUUGGACAGAAGGAAUUAAGAAAGUAUUUUCAGUGGUAUGUGAAGCCCCUGAAGCUGGAAAAAGCGGACUGCUCAGAGCAGACGGACCAAACAAAACAAGUGUGCCAGAGCUAUUGAUCGAUGGACCUUAUGGUGCUCCCGCGCAAGACCAUUUGAAGUAUGAUGUGUUGUUACUCGUUGGCCUUGGAAUCGGCGCAACACCUUUCAUUAGCAUUUUGAGAGAUCUACUUAACAACAUCGUUAAGCAACAAGAACAAGCCGAAUGCCUCUCAGGUAGUUGUAGUAACAGCAACAUCUCGUCGGAUCAUAGUUUCAGUUGCUUAAACUCUCAAGCUGGGAAUAGAACUCCCCAAAACCGAAGGAGGACGUUGAAGACCAAGAACGCUUACUUUUACUGGGUAACUCGGGAACAAGGCUCGUUCGAUUGGUUUAGAGAAAUCAUGAACGAGAUUGCUGAUUCCGAUAUAAAGGGUGUUAUUGAAAUGCACAACUACUUGACGAGUGUCUACGACGAAGGUGAUGCUCGAUCCACUCUUCUCACCAUGAUCCAGACGCUGAACCACGCCAAAAAUGGUGUCGACAUAUUCUCUGGAACCAAGGUACGGACGCAUUUUGGGAGACCAAAAUGGAAGAAGGUUUUAUCAAAGAUUAGCACCAAGCAUAAGAACACAAGAAUUGGAGUGUUUUAUUGUGGAGGACCGAGUUUAGGGAAGGAACUCUCCACACUCUGUCAUGAAUUUAACCAAACCGGAUGUUCCAGGUUCGAGUUCCACAAAGAACAAUUCUAA